AUGAAAUAUGAUGCCUGUUAUGGUAAACAAGAUAAUAUGUCUACAGAUAAAAUUGCUUUGGUUACUGGUUAUACAGGAGAAUCAGGAAAAGCACUUGUGAAAGAAUUAAUUAAUAAUAAUCAAUUUAAAAAAAUUAUUCUUGUUGGUCGUCGAAAAAUUGAUUAUACUGAUAAUAAAUAUAUAGAAAAAACGGAACAACGUGAAAUAGAUUUCGAUAAAAUUGAUGAUUAUGCUGAAGCAUUUCGUGGUGCUGAUGUACAUUUUUGUUGUCUUGGUACUACAAGAGGUAAAGCUGGAGUAGAAGGUUUUCGUCGAGUUGAUUUUGAUUAUGUUGUUAGUGUAGCUCGUCUUGCUAAACAAGAAGAUUGUAAACAUUUUCAUCUUGUAUCAAGUCAAGGUGCAAAUGAAAAUUCAUUUUUUCUUUAUCCUCAAGUGAAAGGUCAAGCAGAAGCAGCUUUAACUAAAAUGUCAUUUGAACGUUUAUCAAUUUAUCGACCAGCAGUAUUAAUGGUUGAUCGUGUUGAAAGUAGACCAUUAGAAAGUGUUCUACGAACAAUACUUAGUUAUACAGUUCAACGUAUAGCACCAGAAUGGAUAACAACACCAGUUGAUAUUCUAGCACGUGCCAUGUGCUUUAAUUCAUUUAUUAAAGAUCGAGUCGGUGUUGAAAUUCUUGAUAAUCAUGCAAUAUUUCGUCUUUCUGAACAACAAUCAAGUUCUAAAAAUGAUCAAUCAAAAGCUACAAACGAACUUUAG